CUAAUCUUCCAGCAUCUAUCAGUUUCUUACUCCUUUCUGCCACCCCUCUCUUCUCCUUCUCCUUUAUUGUUAUGUUCCCCUGAUAUAAUUCGAUGCCUAUGAGCUGCAAGGAGGGUGGUUAUUUCAUGUUCCGGUCCAUUUUCUUCUAAGAUAGAGCUGUUAAACUUGUUGAAAGCAUGGCUUUCUCUGGGGCUCGUAAUGAGAGAGGGGAGGUGAGGAUCCAUGAAAGUUUAGAUGAGCUUAGCACUGAUUUGGCAUACCAUAUUGCUGAAUUAUCAGAGGCAUCAGUGAAGGAGCGGGGUGUCUUUGCCAUUGCGUUGUCUGGUGGUUCGCUCGUUGGCUUAAUGGGGAAACUCUGUGAAGCUCCUUACAACAAGACUGUAGACUGGGCUAAAUGGUAUAUAUUUUGGGCUGAUGAGCGUGUUGUGGCAAAAAAUCAUGCUGACAGCAAUUAUAAGCUAGCUAAGGAUGGCCUAUUGUCCAAGGUGCCUAUAGUUCCCAGUCACGUGCAUUCUAUCAAUGAUUCAGUGUCAGCAGAGCAGGCUGCUGAUGACUACGAGUUUGGCAUCCGUCAAUUAGUGAAAACUCGUGUGGUGAGUGUGUCUGAGAUUAGUGAUUGCCCCAAGUUUGACCUCAUACUCCUUGGAAUGGGCCCUGAUGGCCAUGUUGCCUCACUAUUCCCUACCCACUCAGUACUCAAUGAGAGAGAUGGUUGGGUAACUUUUAUUACCGAUUCGCCCAAACCCCCACCGGAGAGGAUCACAUUUACUUUGCCCGUCAUCAACUCAGCUUCCAACGUAGUUGUGGUUGUGACAGGCGAGAGCAAAGCAGAGGCUGUACACUUGGCAAUCGACGACGUGGGACCUGAUGGCCUGUCGCUGCCUGCAAGGAUGGUCCAGCCAACGAAAGGAAAGUUGGUGUGGUUUUUGGACAAGCCAGCUGCCUCAAAACUUGACCGCUCUCAAUUUUCUGAGUAGGUUCGAGCUUGUAUUGCCGAUGUGUAUGCUUGUAUGUAGUGGUGGGAUUCGACCCUCAUGGAUUAUGUUCUUUUCCAUUAGUUCCCUCCUUUUGUUUUGUUUUUAUAUUGUUUUUUCUCCCUCUUCUGGUUAAAUUCUCCCCAUCUUGCUAUUUCUUGCUCUCUUUGCUGGAGAAGUGUGAUCAUCCUUUUUUGUAAGAGGAGGUUAAUAAGGUUGGGGCCUUCAUGCAAAAGCUUUUGGAAUAGCAGGUUCAUGAAAUUCAACA